AUGCAAUUCUCAUCUCUCAUCCUCGCCUUCGCUGCUGCCGUCUCGGCACAGUCUUCCGUGGCCUCCGUCGCCCCCGUCUCUGGCUCAGCAUCAGUCGCACCCAUCGCCGCUAGCUCUUUGCCACCAGCACCCGCCAGCUCUUUGGCACCAGCUUCUGGAAACGGCACGGCACCUGUUGUCAUUGUCGUCCGCCCUAUCGUCGUGACGAUCAUCGUCCAAGGCGUCGCAGUUGUGAUCAGCACCAACACUGCUGUUCCUGCUGUGGGCACCACCACCAUCACCGUCCGUGCUACAAGCGGUGUUGCCUCUGGAAGCGCUUUCCCCGUCACAGUCGUCAACGGACAGGCUGUCGCUCCUGCCGCCACCGGCGCUGGCUUGCCUAUCGUCACUGCCAGGCCCGUCGGCAACGCUGCCAACAAGGUCGCUGGAUCUUUCGCAGGCUUGGUUGCCGUUGCUGGAGCUCUUGCUCUUUAA